AGCUAAUUUACCAACCGCCAAUGCACCGCAGAAGAAGAAGAGCAAACCGGAUGUAAACAAGUUACUCUGAGUUAUUGUUGUUAGCGCGGGUUUAAAUUAGUCCAGAUUGUUGUUGUUGGCGCGGGUUUAAAUUAGCCUGAAUUGUUGUCGUUAGCUUGGGUUCACGUUGAAUUUGUUGCUUCUCGUGUUUUCGUGAUAUUAGCCGUUAGCCGACUGCAGCUAUCAACAUGGAUGACAACAAGAUGGUGGCUGGUAAAGUCAAGAAACCGGGGAAACGUGGACGUAAACCUGCGAAAAUCGACCUGAAGGCCAAACUGGAGCGAAGCCGACAGAGCGCCAGAGAGUGUCGAGCGAGGAAGAAGCUGAGGUACCAGUACCUGGAGGAGCUGGUGUCGAGUAAAGAGAGAGCCAUCUGUGCCCUGAGGGAGGAGCUGGAGAUGUACAAACAGUGGUGUUCGGCCAUGGAUCAGGGGAAAAUCCCGUCAGAGAUCAAAGCGCUGUUGACCGGGGACGAGCAGAGAACGCCUCAAAGCGGCGGCGGCACCAAGACGUCCAAGAACAGCAAGAACAGCAAGAACAGCGUCAGCAGCAUCAGUCAGGGUUAACCUGAGCGGCAAGGGAACGCUCCGCCUCUGACAGAGGUUGCAGACUGCUGAGAUAAACUGCUGCUGUCAAUCAUCCUCAACACACAUGUUAACGUUCACACUAACACACAGGAAGUGGCAGAUACACAUUUUCUUUCCGCCAGUUUCUUGUUUCGUAGACGAACAUGAAUCUGCGUUCAAGUUCCUGAUUCAUGAAACUGCUCUCGUAGGUCGGACGUCAGCUCUUCAUCAGGGCGCCGCAGCUCGAGGCGGUCACGUGACUUCAGAAAAUCAAACUUUAUUAACAUCACGUUUCUGAUCCAAUGCACAUUUUCUGCUCGACAGAUUUAAAUAAGGUGAAACUGAAUUUCCAUUUGAUUUGAUGUUUGACAGAUUGAAGGUCGACCACAGAUCAACUGAGGUUUUUUAUUUUAAAUAAAAAGGUUCUGUUUUUAAAAGUAAAAAUGUAUAAGCACUUUGAAAAAAUUAGGAUUCACCACAGAGCUAAU